UCAAUCCAUUCCAUUCAUUCUAUUCUAGUAACCAAACAUGACCUAAAUGAUAAGCAUCGAAACCGAUUCCUUAAGGAAAAGUCUAUGGUAAAACGUGGGUCUAAUGAGUGCCUUUAAUAGGACAAUCAUCGAAAUGACAGAAAGGGGAAACAUAUUUGUGUGAUUGUUAGGAUAUCAAGUGUGACUGAGAACAGAAUACAAUGUGCAUGGUGAAAGUGACUACAAUGAUGCUUUAGAUUAGCUAGAAUAGAGAGUAGAAAGGAUGAGAAAAAAACUUUAAUAUACAACAAUGUUUUAUGAGAAAAUGACAAUGCGCGCGCACACAAAAUGUUAUUAUUCUAUUUAUUUCGGAGGGAAAAAAAGUAAUGGCACUCACUUCACACACACACACACACACAAUAUUAUCAUGACCAAAAUAAAAAACCAGAUGUUAUGGCUCACCUGACACGGACACACGCGCACACACACAAUUUGAAUAGACCUUGAAUUUAAUUUCAAAAAUAAUUUUAUAUACUUUAUUGACAUCUAUUUAGUGUCUGUUACUACUGAAUAAUUCAAAUUAAUUCAAAUAUUAUAGAUUGACCGAAUUAUGGAGGAUAACUCUUCCAACAAUAUGAUCAUUCUGAGUUUUGGCCUUCUAAAAAUUAGAAGUAUCAUAUUUCAACUGUUGAUAUUUUUAUUUUCUUGUGUAUUAAUCAAGUGACGCAAAAAAAAAAAAACACGUCGAACUUAAUGAUCAAAAGAGAAAAUAUGUCAAAGCAUAAGUAUGUUGUUUUUUAAUCUCCUAAUAAAAUUAGGAAAAGAAAAACAUUCACAACCUGUGUGAUUAUAUAUACGUGGACUUUCAUAACACUGUAAAUUUAUAUUGACAUUUCCGAUAUUCAGGGACGUGUGUUUAAUUUCCACUAUUGACUGGAUACUGAUUCAGUAUAAUAAAUUAGUUUUGUCCACUUAGGGCCUAUAGAUGGGAUCAGAUCAUAAUCUGAUGCUCAUAGGUUGCUGAAAAGCUCCAAAAAGUUAGAAGACUUGAGAACAUGCAUGUGCAGUGAAUAUUUUCAAAUGACAAAGUAUUUGACAAAGUCAGGUAAAUCAGCUUGUGUACGUAGUUUUGUGCACAAAAGGAGAUCUCAAGGGGGUGUGUGUGUGUGUGUGUGUAUUCACAAACAAAAUGAAGCACAGACUAGCUUAGAAUCAUAACUUUAACUUAAAAGAAUUUGUUCCAGCUGAGAAGAUUAAUAUACAAAACAUUUUGAUCAUCAUGACUCAUGAAGCAUUUCAUUUUGCAAAGCAUGAGAAGGCGAGAAACAAGCAUGAAUAAACAGUGGACAUGGGUAUGUGAACAAAGCACAAAUUAAACCUGUUGAGGAUGAGGUUUUGCAAAAAGUGAGGAUGGUGGGUCAUAGGAUUUGUGAAUCCUGUGAAGUUCCAUGCACAAAUUCCUUCUCUCUCUGGUUUUUUUUUUUUCGUUUUUUUGCCCAGUUGCAGAUGAUGCAUUGAUGCUCAUGAAUGCAAGGGAGGAGUAAUUUAAUGUACAGUAAAAUUUGUUGAGAUUGUAUUCUGAAGCUUCUUGUCAACAUUCUAACUUGGAGAACACAUCCUUUGAGCCAGGGCAAAAGUGAUACAAUGUUCGCAUGAAAUCUGUUAUUGAGCGAUACAGCAAGCUUAAAGAGGAACACCUGAUGCUUAUGAAUCCUGCUUCAGAGGUCAAGCUUUGGCAGAGAGAAGUAGCAAGCUUGAGGCAACAACUACAGUACUUGCAAGAUUAUCACAGGCAACUGAUGGGUGAAGAGCUUUCUGGUUUGGGAAUUAAAGAACUACAAAAUCUGGAAAACCAACUAGAGAUGAGUUUGAAGGGUGUCCGAAUGAGGAAGGAUCAACUUUUAAAUGACGAGAUUAAAGAACUACACCAAAAGGGAAAUCUCAUUCAUGAAGAAAAUGUACAACUUCACAAAAAGAUAGACAUCAUCCAGAAAGAAAAUGCAGAACUGAGAAAGAAGGCUUAUGAAGCACAAAGCAUGAAUGAAGAAAAUGGGACAUCUGAUCCGACAUGCACUCUAAGCAACGGAUAUGACUUACACGCACCUAUCAGCCUCCAGCUAAGCCAGCCGCAGUCUCAAUACAAUGAACAACCAACCAAAACAAUGAAACUGGGAUUACACCAGCAUAAGCCCAAGCCAGUUGACAACCAAGGAUGGUUGUCUGACAACAAGCUGUCAACAACCAGGCCCUGACAAAAAAAGCAAAGUUCUGCUAGUCAUAGUCCAAAUCUUCAACAACUGGUAUGAGAUGUUCUAUCAUGAAGCAUGGUAGUUACAAUUAAGCUUCUGACAUACCAGCUGCCUGUGUAAAUUUCAUGAAAUAAUGAUAUUAUCAAAUGUGGGUUCUGUUUCUUUCUUUCUUUCUUUCUUUUUUUUAGGAGGAGGGGGCAAUAAUGUGCCUUCUGUUACAAUUUCUACAUCUUUUGUGAUAAAUUGGAUGGAAUUCAGAACCGCAACCAUUGUGUAAACCUUUAACAAGCUAUUGCCACAUGAAAGACGAGUAUGCAGAUAGUGGAAUAAAUGGGAUUAAAAUUUCAUUA